AUGGCUCAACUUGCUAGCUCGGUGAGUAAAUUAGAGUCUCAAGGUAAAUUACCCGCACAAACAGAGAAUAACACAAAGCACAACGUGAGUGCCAUUACCUUGAGGAGUGGAAAGAGCUAUGAUGGUCCGAGUAUGCAAGAAGAAGAGGAAAUUGUUGUUGAGAAGAAGGACCGUGAUAAGAUGAAAGUACAAGAGCCGGUUAGAAGUGAAAUGAAAUUUAAUCCUAUAGCUCCAUUCCCAUCAAGGCUACGAAGCACAAAGAAAGAAAGGGAAGAACAAGAGAUCAUGGAGACAUUCCGUAAGGUUGAGGUAAACAUUCCACUUCUUGAUGCCAUUAAACAAGUUCCACGAUAUGCAAAAUUCUUAAAGGAACUUUGUACAUCAAAGAAAAAGCUAAAAGGUAACGAAACUGUCAAGGUAGGUGAAAACAUAUCGGCCGUUUUACAAAAAAGACUACCACAAAAGUGCAAGGAUCCGGGUGUUUUCAUGGUUCCUUGUAAAUUGGGAAAUCUUAGCAUACCACGAGCCAUGCUCGACCUUGGGGCCUUUAUUAAUGUCCUACCAAAUUCUAUUUUCAAAACACUUAAUGUAGGACCGUUAAAAAGAACCGGGGUGGUCAUUCAAUUGGCCGAUCGAUCCUUAGUAUACCCAAAAGGUGUAUUAGAGGAUGUUUUGGUCCAAGUGAAUGAAUUGGUAUUCCCGGCUGAUUUUUAUGUUUUAGAUAUGGAGGAUGAUGAUACUCCACACUCAAGUUCCAUUUUGUUAGGGAGGCCAUUUUUAAAAACCGCAAGGACAAAAAUCGAUGUUUAUAGCGGCACCCUUUCUAUGGAAUUUGAUGGGGAGGUAAUCAAUUUUAAUAUAGAUGAUGCUAUGCGUUACCCAAGUGAUGUCUCGUCUUUGAAUUAUAUAGAUGUCAUUGAACCACUAAUUGAUGAAUGUUUUGAGGUGUCUAACCAUGAUGUUCAAGCAUUAAUGUCAAAUGGAAGUAUUGAUGAAGCAUCGACAAAAGAACUUACUGAAAAGUUCAAGCUUGGGGAGAAUCUAAGGGAUGUCACGACCCUCAUGGACGAACGGAAGAAAGCAAAGCACAAAGCACCAAAAUUUAAAUCACCAAGUAUUAUCCAAAAGCUUCUUCUGUGUAUUGAGCAAGCUCCAGAUUAA